UACCUUCUACGCCAUCAGACUCAGGAACUCCUUAACUUCUCGAACCACGUCCGACUCCACUUUCCUUCCUAACAGCUAGAUCAAAUCACCCGCACAACAAUCUAUGUUCCAGAGAUCACCUAGCGAUUCAUCCAACUCACGACGCCCCACCGACUCCCUCCAAUCUCUCAAUGGCGUUAUCGAUUGGGCUGCAGAUCAGAAGAGGCAUUCACAACAUUCAGCAACGUCAGCCUCGACAAGCAAACAGGAAGAGCGAGGGUCCGUCAGGAAGAAACAUCAUAGCCAUAAGAAUAUAUACACCGAGUGUGGAAGGCAUGGUGAUGAUUGGUUAUUGGGAGGGUUUUCUGUGACCGAGACGGUGAAACGGAUGUUGGGGAAGAAGCGAUUAGACUGGCGGACUGAGACAGGUUGAGAAGAAUUCACUUUUGUCUUUCCUAUUUUAGAAACACGUAUCGGCCGGGCAGGAUCUGUGGUCUCCGGAUAUAGGGAGGAAUACAUCCUGAAGCCCUAGAGAGGUUAACAUUACAGCAAAGGUGAUUUCAGCAAGUGCUUGAACAUGGCUUUUAUUUGUACAUAGACGGC